GUACAUACAUAUCUUAACCUAACAGAGGUUUUCAAGGCGUCACGGAGUUAAUGGCUUGCUGAUUCGUUUGUGCUUCAAAGUAAACCUCACAAAAAACAUUUCCCCCUGAACGCAGCAUGACACAAGGGCUCGUGCAGAUUCUGAUUGGGCUGCUGCAGGCUCGGAAAAACAGGUUACGCCAUAUCGUCAGUUUCCAAAGACAGCGCUACAUUCUUGUAAAUAUGCCAAAAUAUCUUUAUUUUACAGGCUUACUUUACCGUACGUAGACGCAAAGAUGGCGCACACUGGUGCAAUGGAAGACGCAUCCGCGGAGGAUUUCUCUGCCAAGCAGGGGUCUAGUGUCUGCCUGCGAAGUCGACCAUGCUCCAGCGAGAGAGAUGGUCAGGUACGGGCUAUCAAAGCUGCCCUUCAGUCCAGGUUGGGGCCCUACGAGCCCGUCCUGACCUACCUACAGUCCGUACUAGUGUGGGAAAGACCCUUUCAGUGUGUGCUUCUCUACACUGUGGUCAACGUUGUGUUCUGGUUCUUCGCCCUGACCUCACUGCGCCUGCUGUUCCUGCUGGCUUUUGGUCUGGCUGUGGUUGUCUGUGUUGAUACCUGGAGGAAUAAGAUCUGGCCAGAGAUUAGAGUCAAAAACCUGGACGAAUCAGAAAAUGAGAGGUUUGUUACUGUAACCAUCAGCAAGUAUUCCCUUACAGAUAAUGCCAACAAUAAUAAUGUUAUAAGUAGAAAGCAGAUAAAGGUGUUAAUCAUUUUUCUCUGUUUAUCUAGCUGGGGUUUGGUGCAGCCUGGCAUCCUCAGUGUGCCUGAACUGUGCCACCACAUUGCUGAGGCCUGGGUCAGCGGAGCAGUUCUCACAUCCAGUAUGGUGCAGUACAAACGACAUAACCCUGGCAAGUUUUGCGUCCUGACCUGCGGAGUGUUCACCUGUUUGGCUAUGGUUGGACGCUACAUUCCUGGGUUGGUGCUCUCCUACGCUGCUGUGUUGGCUACUCUCCUGGCCCCAUUGGGUUCCCAUUACAGGGUGUUUCAGCAUGUGGGCGUAAAGCUGGAGCCGGUCCUGCAGCUGCUGGACUUCAGUGUUUGUGGAUACAUGAUGUCAAAGCCUAUCGAUAAUCAGUUCCUGCGGAGGCCUCUCCGUGAUGCAGCCUCAGGUGAUGACAGUGACAGUGAGGAGGAGUUGGCUGCUUUCUGUCCAACGUUUGAUGAUGCUGUUGUCGCGAAGGAACUUGCACUGACCGACUCGGAGCACUCUGAUGCCGAGGGCUCCUACACUGAUAAUGGAACAUUUAACCUAUCACGUGGCCAGACCCCGCUCACGGAGGGCUCUGAGGAUUUUGACAGACACAGUGACGCUGAGGAAUCCUUUGCUCAAGACCUCCCAGACUUCCCCUCCAUAAACCCUGAUGCCACUCUGAUGGAUGAUGACGAUGACACAAGCAUAGGUCUACCUAGUCUGGGUCACCGGGCUUCAGUGCUGGAUGUAGAUGCUCAUCUGGACUCGGACCAGGAGGAUCUGGAUGCAGAACUUUCUCUCAGCGGCCUGCCACCUGCCUCUGAUUUCACCGGAGACUUAGCUGGAAUUAUUGCCAGCAACAUGAUUCAGGCAGCACUGGUCGGGGCGAUGCAACCUCAGCCUCCUGCUACCCAGCGCAGAGAAGGCCCUCCCAGGGCCGGGGCCCGCCGAAGCUACCGCAAGCAGUCCAGCUCAGAGCUGGACACAGACUGGGAAGGAGAGGACUUUGAAAUGCUGGAUCAGUCUGAACUGAACCAGAUGGAUCCCAUUGGAGGAGGAGGGGGUAGUAGACGAGGAGAGAGCCAGGGGUCUAACUUCUUGUCUAGCCUGCUGGGUAAACCACAGUAAGGUGUGUGUGUGUGUGUGUUGGUGAGAGUUUGUAUGAGCGCGUGUGUUUGUACGCCUGUGUGCACGAGUGCAACUUCAUGGGCAGUGUACAUGUCAAUGAGCUGCGAGUGCGUUGUGUGAGAGAUGAUUUUAGGUUCCAGCAGUCCUGCUUCUGAUUGGCAUCAGUUUAUCACUGUGAAGUACUUUAUUUUUUCUAUCUUUUCAAACUCUUUUCUCCCGUACUUUUAAACCCUGAUCAUUCAAAAAACUUUUACUUUGUAGGCUGAGCAAUAGGAAGUGCAACAACAAAAAUAAAACACAUUCAGACAUUAAAUUAACCAGCAUUAUUGAGCCUUGUUGCAGUCUUGUAAUUGUAUGCACCCAUAAGUUACAAGGGUACUUGUUAGUGACUAUGAAUAAAGAACAACAGUGCCCAUAAACUCUUUUCUACCUGGAGGUCUACACAUACAGGGCUAUUUAACAGGGGACCAAAUAUGACAUUCCUGUUGGUCAAGCUGAACCAUGUUGCUUUGAUAAUGACAUUAUGGAACAGCAUUACAUGUUUAAGUUUCUUUAGUCAUUGGAAAACUAUUCCCAUGACAUUUUGUCAAAGUAACAGCAGUUCGUGUUGCUGUUGAUAUUAGUGUUCUGCUGUCCUUUCAAGUAACGUGGCGAUGAUGUGUUAGAAGAUGAUUUAUUUAAUGUUACAGAGAUUAACAUUUUUUAAACUUAUCAGCAGUUGUGGAUUUUGACAGCAAUUCUCUUCUAUGAUGAAGAUGAAUAAUAUUUGGAUAAAAGUUUUUGUUUCUUCUGUGUAUGAUUUUUCUUUGCUUGUUUCCUUUUCUGCUAUCUAACAUAUGAAGACAUCCUCAUGCAUUUUUUAUUUUCUUUAAAGAAUGUCACAUUACAGUCUUAAGAUAUCUGACCUGGAGGAACACUUGAUGUUAUGUUUGUUGUUCAUUGUUUCUAUGAACUUGUGCCCCAGGAUGAGGUUUGCUUCUUUUUUCUGUGUAAGUUGAGAAUGCUUUUCAUUUUCCUGCCCUUUAAAACUGCUCAAUAACACAUUGUGUCCAUGUUUGAUACCUUGAAUGAGCCCUCAGCUUUGUGUUUUUCUUUUAUAAAAGUAAUAUUUAAACAAAUUUCUGUAUAUCUUUUAUCAUCUUUGUAUUUCAUGUAGUUGACAGUCAUGCUGAACUUUUUAAGAUAAAAAUCAAAUAUUCUUCAAUUCAUGGAUCUUCACCUAUUUUAAUGGGGAAACAUGUUUACAUGAAAAUUGGGUAUAUAUCCUUUUUUAAAAGUGUGUAAAGGUUUAAAGUGGCUUUUGUGUUCUGGUCAGCCUGAUUUCCUUUUGAUGGACAAACCAUGUCAGUAUGUCAAAAACUUAACAGUGGAAAUUGCACUUAACUUAAAUGAGCCACAGUUGAGAUUUAUUGAAAUGCAUAUAUCAAAGAGUCUAAAAAUGCUGGGUUUUAAUAGAGAAAUACACAUUGCUCUCUUUAAAGGUGUUAUUUUGAGAGGAAAAUCAUAGCUGCAAAAGAUUUAGCACAAUAGGAAAAACUGCUGGAUAGGAAAUUGCUGGGAUUUUUGAGGCUAAAAAAAAGAGGAGAAAAUGUUAGUCUUGGUUGUUUGACCUGGUUUGGCCACAUCAGUUAACCAGAAUGUUGCUCAUUGCUGCUCCAUGAAGAGUCAGUUCCUCAGUAUGAGUGAUCUGUAGUCACUUUCAUAAUGUAAUGUGCAUAGUAGUGUAUUUUCUUCUCUGUAUCUGGUUUUGAUAUGUUUUGAUGUGCAAAUCAUAUUGAAUAAAAUGUUUGCAAUUAA